AUGAAGGCUUCGAGACUUUUGAAUCUUACAGGUCUCCUACUUGUCAAAGGAUAUUCUUUGCAGGACACACAGUUCACAAUCGACAUUGACGACACCACUGGCGCGGUGACCAGUCUACGAGAUGCUCAGGGCAAUUCAUCUAUAGAUUGGGUCAGCUCGCUCAGCAAUGCACCCUGGCAGCCGCUUGGAAGCCGCUGGGGCUUGGGCUUUGCCGACCUGGGAGCCGCAUAUCUGCAUAGAUUUUACUGGACAAAGCCCAAUGUCAAGACGGGCCGGGAUGGUUCAUACGAGGCCAUCUACAACGCUGGGCCCUUGGAUAUUACGGUUCGGCGAACACUGGACUCAACUACGUCGACUUUCAUAGAGCGCUACACUUUUCAGAACAACGGUGAUGAGACUCUCGACCUCGCUGCUCGCAGCAAAGCCGCCCUUGCCAUUUACACCCCAUUCAAUGACCACUACACAAACACGUCCGACUCGCUGAACCAUCGGAGUUUCGCCCACGUCUGGGCGAAUGGAGGUUCGAAUGCUUGGGUGAAGUUGGAGCAAAUGGGCGGGCACGGUCGCAACUUGGGCCUCGUCCUUACGGAGGGGUCUCUCGUCGGAUACAGCAUCGAGUCUCGUGAUAUCAUCACCCUGUCCAACACCCGCGGCGUGUUUCAGCUGCACCCAGCUCUCCCGGUCCUCCAACCUGGCGAGUCUUCAAGCGUUGAGUGGGCGCUCUUUUGGCAUAGCGACUGGGAUGACUUUUUCAAACAGAGUCAGCAACGUUCAAAACAAUUUAUUCGAUUUGACAUUGCUCGACAUACGCUGGUAGUAGGAGAAGAGGCAGAAAUUCACAUGACGGGCGGUGUGAACUCGGCAUCGCUCAUCAACGGUAAUCCUAUCUCGUGCGAUUCAGCAGACGAGUGUACAUACAGUUACGCAGCCAAAGCUCUCGGACGUCAAUCUUUGCAAGUCACGACUCAGCUUGUGAAUGGGACAAAAGCCAACUCAACCGCAUACGUAAACGUGAUCCCCCCCGUGGAUGAGCUUAUACGCUCUCGAGUCAAUUUCAUCGUCCAGAAGCAGCAGGUCAGCGAUGGCGCAGACAAUCCCAACACGGGCGCGUAUGCCGUAUACGACAACCAGGCUCAAUCCAUUGCCUUCUGGGACAAGGGAACGGACAGGACCACGGGACGGGAGCGUCUGGGGAUGGGCAUCACGAUUGCACGCUUUCUGCUCUUACACCUCAACAACACCGAAGUCCGGUCAUCGUUUGAGAGGUACUAUGAGUUUGUCACCCUCAAACUGCAGUCCGAGAAUGGCGACGUGUACGACCGCCCGGUAGGUUCAGGAACCAGCCGCAAGCGCCUCUACAACUGGCCGUGGGUGCUCCAGUUUCACAUCGUCGCUGCCCGGCUGCCUUUCAAAAUUACAUCGGCCGGCAAGACGCCUGUCGAGUGGUUCAUGUUGACUCUGGAGAGUUUCUACCGGGAAGGCGGCAGAGACUUGUAUGCUAUUGGGCUUCCCAUCCUAGAGUCGCUCCGCUUCUUCGAACGGAGGAACGACACUGCUCGUUACGACCGUGUGCGGGAGCUGUUUGUCCGCCAUGGCGAGGUAAUUCUAGGGCGCGGGCUCGACUACCCGCGUUUUGAGGUCAACUUUGAACAGUCUAUUGUUGCGCCUGCCGCGAUAUUCAUGCUCGAGCUGAAUCGUGUGACGGGCAAUGGGACAUGGCUUGAGGCUGGUGAGCUGCAGUUAGCCACUUUGCUCCGGUUCCAAGGACGUCAACCAGACCAUCUCUUGCAUCAAGUCGGCAUCCGACAUUGGGACGGCUACUGGUUUGGCAAGGACCGCCACUGGGGAGAUACGUUUCCUCAUCAUUGGAGCACGCUCGACGCCGUGGCUCUGCAUCAUUACGGUCGGAUCACCGGCGACGAUCAACAUUUGGGCCAUGCGCAAGAGAUUCUGCGCAACAAUCUCGCUCUGUUCUCCCCAGAUGGCACUGCCGGGUGCGCUUGGAUCUAUCCCCUCACCGUUAACGGCAGGGAAACACAUUAUCGUGAUCCGUAUGCCAAUGAUCAAGACUGGGCCCUCAAUCAUAUCCUCUACAUCGAUGACGAUAGCCAACAAAGCUCGUCCUAG